GAAGAAGAACAAGAAACGAAAGCAAACUCUCCCAAACUAAAAUUUGCAAACAAAUUGUGUGUGGCCUAGGCAACUGAUUGGCUGUGGUGCCCGUAAGCGAACAUCUGCUGAGCAUAUGUAACGCAAAAGUGCAAUCGUGUGCAACUCUACGCCAUAUUUGAUAAAUCACGCUUGUCACACACGCCUGUCCCACCGAAUCUCGCAAUCAGUCUGAAAAAUCUCCAAGCCCCAUUUCGGAAAUGGCUAUCAAAGGGUGUUGUUCCGUGGUGAAGUACUUGGUGGUGCUGGUGAAUCUACUGUUUUGGGUCGUCGGGUUUUUGAUCGUUUCGUUGGCCAUCUGGAUGCUGUCGGAUCCGACCUUCCUGAUAUCGAUGACCCAAAACGAGAAGAACUACACGAUCGGAUUGUAUAUCUUCCUGACGGUCGGUGGGCUCAUGCUGAUCGUCGCCUUUCUUGGGUGCUGUGGCGCAUUUAAGGAAUCACAGUGGAUGCUCACCUCGUUUUUCUGCUGUCUGUUGAUGGUGCUUGUUGCUGAGCUGGCAGCUGGCGCUUGGGCAUUCCAAAACUCCAACAAACUCGACGAUGUGGUGCGUUCGGCAGUGAAGGAAGCUGUGCAUACACAGUAUGGUGUUAUACCCACCCGUACCGCCACACUGGAUGCUAUUCAGAAGCAUUACAAGUGCUGCGGUGCCGAAGGACCGAAUGACUGGCAAUUAAGUGCGUUCAACAACGUGGAACGUACGACGCUCAGCGUAGAAAUCUCCAAUCAACCGACCAGCUACAAAGUGCCGGAAACCUGCUGCGUGGCCAACAUCACACCGGAACAGUGCAAAAGAGCCACGCAAAUGGAAUUCCUGGCAUCGAUGAAGACGAAGUCAGAUUUAUUCGUAGACGGUUGCACGGAAAAGUUAGUGAAAGCGGUACAGGAAAACAUCAAACUAAUUUGCUACGUUGGUGCUGCCAUCGUGGGUAUUGAGAUGCUGACGCUGAUACUUUCCUUGCUGCUGUGCUGCGCAAUCCGCCGGAACGAUAAUUACAAGCACUAAAGCCACGGGUCGAUUGUAAAUGUCGAUUUUCAAGCAUGCUUUUUAGUCUCCGUAUGCAUAUUUAUAUGUGUAUCAAUCUAUAUAUAUAUACAUAUAUAUACACAUUUAUUUACUUAACGAAUCCCUAGAACGUAGAUCUGAUAACAAUGGCCAUGACAAAGCUUUUAUAUUUUUGUUUUAUAUUUUAAUGAUACGAAAUAAUACUAAACGGUGUUUUAUCUCCCUCUACGUUUUAAAAUUAAUGCGUAAAAAACUUAUUAAAUGUAACUUUUAACACAUACAUAAGACGCACAAAAUCCUGCUGCGCUCGAGAUAACAAAUGGUAUCCUCCCCUCCCAAAGCCAAAUAUACAUCUAUAUAUUUGAUGUUCUUUAAAAAGAAAACAACAACUGCGAAUGGCAAUUAUGCUCUUAUUUAUAUAAUUAACAACAACAAAAAAACAAACAAACGAAAACCCCCUUUUAGUACGCACAACCUCGUAAGUGUAACUGAAUGCUAAACAUAUAUGGAAUAUAUAAAUAUUUUGUUUCUCGCAGAGGUCCGCAGCUAGUUACCGAUGUACUUUAACGAAACAAAAAAAUGGCAGUUACAGUAGGUCUCGAUACUCUUUUGGGUCACGAGACUCAUGCAGAAAAUCAUAACUGUAGGUCAUUCUUCGUACAAAAAAUAUGCAAAACACACACACAAAACCAGAUCAGGUUGUUUGAUAUCGAAAUAAUGGUAAAUGUCUAGAAAUGAUUGUGUUCUCUAAAGUUUAAGAAGAAUAAAGUUUUAUUUUAUACUC